AUGUUUCUUUACCGUGUGUUGUAUGUGGUGGCGUUACUUUUGAGCUUUAUCUCUCUAUGUGUGGCGACUGAUGCUUCUGAACUGUCUCUAUCUGAGGUUGAUGAUGGUGGUUGCCCUGCUGAUGGUCGUCAAACCGAUACGACUAAGUGUCCUAAAUCUGAAAAAGGAGCAAAAGGUGAACCUGGUGCUGCUGGUCCUCCUGGUCCUGUUGGUCCUGCUGGAAAAGAAGGUGAAAGAGGCGAACAAGGUCCACCUAGAGCUCCCGCUGAGAAAGUCAAAGGCCCUGAACGUCUUGAAGAUGGUAAGGUAAGUCAAGUUGACGCUCAUGGGUCUGAUCCUCUUGCUAUAUCUUCACCACUUCUUUCUUCUGGUUCACCGCAGCUCACAGGUUCAAGUGCAACUUCGGGUCCUUCUGCUUCUGCUGUUCCUGGUAGUGAUGUUACCAGUGGAUCAGAUAAUGGUUCUGAUGUAGAUGCACGGAGUGAAGAUCAACAU